UUGCAAGAGAACAUAAAAUGGGCACUUGAUCCAGGAUUCGUCCAAGUUAUGCCCUGCAUGUGUUUUGGAAUGAUGUAUAUUUGCUGCUUCAUCUUCUGUCAAGGAAAGGGUAGGUCGAGCAGAUACAGGAUCAGGGAUGCGAUAAGAGAAGGUGAAGGGAACAGCAGGAUUCAUAAUCCAAAAAUUGAAAUCCAUCACACGGUAACUCGCAAUGAGCUCACCCGAACCUGUCGACCAGGUGAAAGCACUGAGGCCAUCAAAAGCGCCAAUAUAACGUGUGGCCGGAGAAAACCCAAGCGUGCGACGGUGAGGAAUAGCGAGCACUGGGAAUGCAGAGGACCUAGUAGAAAACUUGGAGGCUAAGAUAGGAGGGUUGGAAGUUGGAGUGAAACUAUUGGAAGUAGGGGGUGCAAGGUGCUGCAUGUGUGGGUCACCCGAAAUGGAUAUGAGGGUCAUGCUGUCGUACCAAGAACUAUCAGCGUUCCGUGGAACCCGUAUG